ACAGCUCCCACGCUACUGGCAGUUUACAUCGUUCCCUAUCAAGGCCAGCAGUGCUCAGACGCUACCCAGCUCGCUCACUCCCUCUCAUUCACAUGGCUGUGUGGGAGGCUGGGAGCCAGGCACGGCACAGAGCAGCACCUCGCAAGGAUGGAAAACCAAGGGAAGCACCUCAAUCCCGACCUGUUGCAAUCCAGCAAGAGCAUCAAAAGAUCCUCCUCUAGUACCAUCACUCUGAAUGUAGGGGGUCACCUAUACGCUGCCCUAAGGCAGACACUGGCCAGGCACCAGGGAUCCCUGCUGGAAGAGAUUGCCAACGGGAAAAAACCAGUGCAGCAUGUGGACUCCAUGGGGAACACCUUCAUUGACCGGGAUGGGCUCGUCUUCCGUCACGUUCUAAACUUCCUGCGACUUGGCGAACUCAUGCUGCCCAACGACUUCAAGGAAGCGGGGUUACUGCGCCGAGAAGCUGAAUUCUACCACCUGGGAGUGAUGGUCCAGGCUAUAGAGGACUGGGAGCAGCGUCAGAGUGCUAAACAGGACCCUGCUUUUCUGGAGGUUACCGACAGCCACGAGCGAUCGCAGGGCCUGAAGGUCUACUGCAGCGACCCUGGGAUGAUCGACGCGGUGAAGGGACGUCUGCUACAGGUGUCCAAAAGCCGGCUGGAUGUUUUUCCUAAGGAGUUUGAGGUCUCGUCCACCAUCAUUCAGUUCCGCCACUUCAUUAAGUCAGAGGCAGGCUCUCGGCUGAUUAUAAUGAAGGACAGCACCUUUGUGUGUACUGCCGAGAGCCUAAAACUAGAAAUAAUGAUGCUGGCACUAAGAGGUGGCUAUCGUCUCCUCACCAGUCUGGAUAGCACCCACGGCUCAGCGGUUCAAUGUGAGGCUCUACACUUUGUCAAGUGAGCGUAGGAACAUUCUUCAAAAGCAUUUGCAAUUAAAAGGGCCAUCAAAAAAAUAUAUCUUUUUACUCCGUAUAUAUCUUUCCCCAAGUAAAGCCACUUAAGCUUCUCUUGCAUCGUAUGACAGGGCUUAGAUGUAAUUAUGGCAAUUAUUCUGCUUUAUGUGAGAUGAGCUGAUUCUGAAAUUGAGCGGCAGACAUAAGCUUUCCGUAAUUAACUCAGCUUUUUAACGAAUUUUGACUAGUGAUAAUCUCUCAAAUAUUAUAAAUGAAUUUUAAUGUGUGAGUGGUAUAUGAUGUGUCUCAUUAAUGGUGGAAAAAAAAAAACUGUCUUGAUGUUUAAGAAUGUGAAGUUUAGAAGAAUAAUUUAAUGAGUAUUACAUAUUUAAAAUGUUCGGUCCAUCUCCUUACUUGUAGCUGUGAAGUGAAUAACAAAGUUAUA